UUCUCUCUUUCUCUCUCAGUGGACAGUCAUUUUCCCUUGCUUUUAACUCCAAAACUUUCUUCAACAAUUCUCUUUCCCUGGAAUUGCUUCCACUUCACUUUUCCUUUUCGUUUUUUCGUUUUGGGGCUUAAAUUAUUAUUUCUACUUUCUCUCUCAAGUUUGUUUAGCUAUUCCACCAAAAACCUAACCCCAAAUCUCCUUAUUAGUCUCUUUCUUACCACUUUCAUUCAUUUAAUAACUGCACCUUCGCUUCUCUCUUUUGGGAUUGAGUUUUCCUUUUUCUUCUUUACGGUUCUAUUUGAGGUUUAGGAGGGUUCUGCGAUUUUUAUAAGAGAAGGUGACGUAAAUGGAAGUGGAGUUACCCAGGCCUGAUGAUCCCGCCAUGACCUUUGACGAGGUUUCCAUGGAGCGUAGCAAGAACUUCGUUAAAGCUUUGCAGGAGCUCAAGAACUUAAGGCCUCAGCUUUAUUCAGCUGCUGAGUACUGCGAGAAGUCGUAUCUCCAUAAUGAGCAGAAGCAGAUGGUACUGGACAACCUGAAAGAUUAUGCUGUACGGGCUCUUGUAAAUGCUGUUGAUCACCUUGGCACUGUGGCUUACAAGUUGACUGAUCUUCUUGAGCAGCAAACAUUGGAAGUGUCUACCAUAGAGCUAAAAGCAUCUAGUUUAAAUCAGAAACUUCUUACGUGCCAAACAUACACGGAUAAAGAAGGUAUCAGGCAGCAGCAGUUGUUGGCAUUUAUCCCAAGACAUCACAAGCACUACAUUUUACCGAAUUCUGUCAGCAAGAAGGUACAUUUUAGUCCCCAGUUACAGACUGAUCCUAGGCAAAAUUAUCUCCAUGCUAAAUCUCGUCUUCAGCCUUCAGAUACUCCUGCAUCAAAAACUCUUUCUUGGCACUUAUCCUCAGAAACCAAGUCUACUUUGAAAGGGACUUCACAAACUUUAGCAAGCAAUGAAAUCUCAAAACCUCCUGCUCCCGCUUCUGAGGUUUUCCAGUUAGUGGAGAAUGGAGACAAUGCAAGGGCAAAGUCUUCAGCAGCACUUUUUCCUGCUUCUAAUGCACUUGUCCCAUCACUGGGUAUCACACAUAGGGAGUUGGAGGGUUCCAAACCUUUGACAGCAUUCAGGUCAUUUGAUAACCCAAAGCGCGACAUUAUACGUGCACCUGUUAGGAGCAAAAGUGUGCUGUCAUCUUUCUUUGUCAAACAAAAACAAAUGAAGCUAAAGGCUGGAUAUGUUGCAUGAAUCUCCUAAAACAAACUUACGACAACGAUGAUGCCACACUAUGUAAAAUCUCUCCUUUAUGCGGAUGGAGUUGCCUGUAAUUAGCCACCCUCGAUGUUUUUUAGUUGUUGGUUCCUUCAACAGUAGUAGUAGUAUAUUAAUUUGCCCCAGAUGAAAUUCUUUUUUUUUUUUUCUUCUCUUAAUUUGGGUUUUUAAUAAUGAGCAAUUUGUAUAAUAUAUCCGAUAAUGAAGGUGAGUAACAUUGUCCACUCUUAACAAUAAUUGCUUCAGUCUUGAUCAAUAAUCCUAUAAUAUGAUCUUUAAUCUCCA